AUGGCAACCUUGAGAUCAUCACUCACCGAAGAAAUUAAAAAACGAAUUAAAGAAAAGUGGAAUGAAGCGUUUAAAUUGAGUGUAGAAUUUAAUUCGGAUCAAGCCAUUCAUGAUGAUAAACUGAGGCAUUUGCAUACCAAGAAGAAUGUUGCGGUCUAUACCAGUCAUGAUAAUCACAGAUUUGAUGGACUCUAUGUCAUCCGAGGAGAUAUUCUCGUAGAAUCUUGCUCUGCACAAGAAUAUCAAGGUCCCUUUCUUUCAUUGGAUCUUGACAUUAAGCGUGUCAUGGAUCCUCUCACCAAACGCAAUGAAACCAUUGAAUCAUGGACCGAUGAAGAUGGAACUUUUCUCAUUCAAUACUUUUUAAUUGGUACAGGUCCUUUUGUUUCAGAUCGAGAAUUUAUUUAUGUAUUGAAAGUUGUGGAAACUUCACCACAUGAGAGUUAUGUCGUCUUGACAAGUAUUGAUUCCAUUUAUACACCUCCAGAACAUUUUGAACUUGAUAAGGGAGCAGUAAGAGCCAAUAAUAUAUUCGUCUCGCAACGUUAUGAACAGCUGCAGAAUGGAGAUUUGAAAGUGAGCUAUUCAACACUAUCAAAUCCAUGUGGAUGGAUUCCAAAUAGUUUGACCAAUAUGUUUUUACAUGCACAACCAAUGAAAAUGUUAGAUAUUGCACGAUUGGCUGGCAAGAAUGUGAAGGAACGACACGAUCACAGCGGAAAGUAA